AUGUCACUCCUUUCAUUCGCAACGGGCAGCUGCUCGUCACAGCGCCAUACCCUGCACAAGUCCCUGACCAUCAUCACCCAGCAGACUCGCGGCGCAGCCCAGAACGCUAAACAGCAACCAAAGAAGGCUCAGUCCAUCGGCGGUGUCAAGAAGGGCCAGAAGGAGAAAUGGGAGGCAAAGAUUGCACAGGAACGAGUUCGCAAGAGUCGGGACCUCCCAGUCUUUACGAAAAUGCCAGAGGAGAGGUUAAAGACGCCAAAGACCGACUCUGAACCGGCUUUCCUCAAUGACUUGUUCCUGCCUGGCUCUAAACAUGCUUUGGAACUUCCCAAGUUCAAGCCUACGCCAAAGAACAUUGGCACCGUUGCUGGGUUCGACCUGACACCAACCAACCCCGCCAAAGUCUUCGGUCUGCCAAAGAAGAUGUUCCUAGAGUUCCGUAUCAUGUCCAAACCAUGCUCUGUCAUCCGCGACGUGACAGUAGACACGAUCCAAAAGCUGGAGAGCGCCAGGAACUCUUCGAGUCUUAACAACCGACUCGUUCUAUCGGGCCGUGCAGGAUGCGGAAAGAGCUAUCUCCUUCAUCAAGCUGUGCAGUACGCUACCGAAAAGGGCUGGAUCGUCUUCUAUAUUCCUCGAGCUGUGAGCCUCGUCAACUCAACUACACCCCACGUCUACGACCUCCGCACGCAAACCUACCUCCAGCCCUACGCCGCGCACCAAGCCGUCCAAAAGCUCCUCACCGUCAACGCCGACGCCCUCUCCAAACUCACCCUCUCUUCACCCAUCGUCACCGACAAGCUCACCUUCGAGGCUGGCAAGACCCUGGCCGAAGUCGCUGGCAUCUGCGUCAAGGACAAGUCGUACGCCAGUGCGCCGGUGGUGUUGGAUGGACUGUUGAAGGAGCUGGAGAAGCAGACCGAGUACCCUGUGCUUAUGGCAAUUGAUGACUUCCAGUCGAUGUUCCACAAGUCGGCAUACAAGGAUCCGUUCUUCAGUGCUAUCAAGUCGUUCCACUUGUCGAUGCCGCGUCUCAUCCUCGAGUUCGCCUCGGGCAAGCGAUCCUUCGCUAAAGGCGCGUUCAUCGGCGCCUUGACGGCGUCCGACACGACGUUCACCAUCCCCCUCGAACUCCGAGACGCCCUUUCGCUCGGCUACGCCCACCCUCCAAGUCCCUACGACAAGCGCUCGAAGGAGCUGUUGGGGUACACCCAAGGCUUGAAGACGAUCGAAGUACCUGAGCGGUUCAGCGUUAGCGAGGCGAGCAGUUUGUUCGAGAUGUGGAAGGACGAUAUGGCUUUGACGUCCAGGCGCUAUGAUGAGCUGUUCAUGUCCAAGUAUGUCGAGUCUGAUGGGAACCCUAGGGAUUUCGUGUGGAAGGGGUUGUUGUCUACGUUUACUCCUUAGAGCUGUGUUAGAGGAUUCUGUCGCGAAGGAGGGUGUGUUUUUUGCAUCUUACGUUUAAUAAUAUAUGAUACUGGUUAAUUAA